AACAAGUUGUUCAACCAGAUUCCAGCGUCAAACAAGUAGUGGUAGUGUGUCUGACUGUCGCUCCGUAUUGUGGCAUUAUUCCAGGGAUGGAUUGUCUUAAGACUUUUACGAAUCAAGUCCAGAUAUUAAAGAAUCAGUUAUUAAGACAGACCGCGGACAGAGACUCAUGCAGCAAAGAUCAGCAGAGGGGGUCUGGGGGGAUUCCUCUAGCCAGGAAGGUGUGUUAUGCUGUGGGUGGGGUCCCAUAUCAGAUUACCACAGUAGCUAUAGGUGUUUCCCUGCAGAUCUUUCUUCUGGAUGUUGUGCAGAUGGAGGCCUCCUAUGUUUCCAUGAUUUUAUUUGUGAGUCGGGCCUGGGAUGCUGUGACAGACCCCGUGGUUGGAUAUCUGGUGGGCCGCAGUAACUGGACGCCCGUCGGCAAACUCACUCCAUGGCUGGUUCUUUCCACGCCAUUUGGUGUCCUGUCCUAUCUGCUGCUGUGGUUUGUGCCACGAGGCUCAGUGUCAAAGGCGCUCAGUGUGCUGUGGUUCCUUACAGCAGCCUGUCUGUUCGAGACCCUCAUGAGUUGCUACAACGUUCCUUACCUCUCCCUCAGCAUGUUCCUGGGGGGAGAUCGCAGAGACAGAGACUCUGCCACAGCCUACAGAAUGAGCGUGGAGAUGCUGGCGAUGCUGUUGGCUUCUGUAAUUCAGGGUCAAGUUGUAGCUGUGUACAACAAAGAGAAACAAGAUGUCUGUCAACAUUUGGACCAUGAAACACCUCAAAGCACAUCUUCACCACAGAACGCAACCCUGCAGGAAACGCAUAAGGCUUUCCUGACCUCAGCUCUGGUCAUGGGUGCCUUGUUUUUCCUCUGCAGCCUGGUUCUCUUCCUGGGGGUGCAGGAGCAGCAGGCGCCUGUCUGCUCUGAUGAGAAAGUACGACCGUCCUAUCUGACCUCGCUGAAGUUGCUGAUAUGCCACAAACCUUACCAACGACUGGUGCUUGGCUUUGUGUUCAGUGCACUUGCAUUUCAGAUGUCGUUGGGUAACUUUGCACUCUUCUGCAGUCAUGCUGCUGGGCUGGGAGCCCAGUUCCAGCACCUCCUACUGGUUCUACUGGCUUCUGCCUCUAUAGCAGUUCCUCUGUGGCAAGCAGUUCUUCUGAGAAUUGGAAAAAAGGCCACAGUUUUCAUCGGAUUAUCACUCUUCAUCCCAGCAGCGAUUAUAGUUGCCUGUGUUCCCAGUAACCUGCCAGUCUUCAUGACUAUGUGCAUUCUGAUGGGAUUCAGUGUGGCGACCAUAUUCUUGCUACCCUGGUCUAUGCUCCCCGAUGUGGUGGACGACUUUGCUGUGAGACAUCCGUCCUGCAAAGACCUGGAGCCUCUGUUUUUCUCCUGCUACGCCUUCUGCAGUAAGCUGGCAGGAGGCCUGUCCGUUGGGAUCUCAACCAUGACAUUGCAAUUUGUGGGCUACAGAGCGGGUGCGUGUAACCAUGGCGACGGAGUGGUGAUGGCUCUGAUUGUGCUGUUCUCACCAGUUCCCAUCGCACUUCUGCUGAUAGGGAUGGUCUUUUUUCACUCCUACCCAAUCAAUGAGAGGCAAUCUUUACAGCUCCGGGAACAACUGACCACAGUUCACACAGGAGCUACAUCAUCCUCAUCGGCCCCGGGAGAAAACUCAGAGCAGCCAACGGUUGUGCAGCAGCCCCAUGCUGGUGUGACAUCAACUUCACAUUAUCACACAAAGACAGACGCGUCAUACAAGUCAAAUUCCUCACCGGGUUGUGACAAUCAUGAUAAAAAAUGCUCAGUCAAGUCAUCUGUCCUCUCCAACGUAUCAAAGAGCCCCUCUGGACAAUACAGGCGGCCUACAUCAGUUGUCCAGUCAAAUGUUAAUCCUCAGUGGCAUAAGCAGAGCCCAUACCGGCACUCUGGAGACGAUAAAUUGGGCAGAAAUGUCCCUAAAAAUGACCCCGGGCCUUUCUCUAGCAGGUCAAGUGUGAAAUCCAAAGUGUCGUGGGUAUAGUCUGACACCUUUAAGUGAUAAUUUGACAUUUUGGGAGCUUAUUUUUUUUUUUACUUUCUUGCAGAGAGCUCUCAUGUCUGUACGUUAAAUACGAAACUACAGCCAGCAGCCAGCUAUCUUAGCUUAGCAUAAAGACUGGAAACAUCUAGCCUAGCUUUGACCAAAGGAAAGAAAAGGUCCCGUACCAGCACCUCAAUAAAGUUCACUGAUUAAUACAUUAAACCUUGUUUGUUUUAUCCAUACGAAAUCUGAAGGGUGGAAACGACAUGUUGUUGCAUAGCUACAUUUAAUGCUACUGUUUGUCUCUGCAAUGUUGUUUAUUUGGAUUCAUGUUGAAGUUACAGCAGGUUUUUAAAAGUGUAUGUAGUCUAAUCUUGUAGUCAUUGUUUGCCCCAUAUGCUUGAAAGUUGCAUUUAUUUUCAACACUAUGCAUACGUUUUAUUUGCGUACAUUCACACACCUCUGCAAACUUCCUGCACCAGUGUUUAUUAAUUAUUAAAAAUUAAUAAACUUUUGUCAGUAA